CUUGACUCACACCUCCUCUCAUUCAACACAUCCAAUCCCUCACCAUGACUAGCAUAUACACUAAUUGGUUUACAUCGGUAAAAGAUGAAGGCUUAUCAUUUUCCCCGUUCCACCUAACAACCCUACAAUCCUACCUGGACGGCUCCAUCCCCGUCACGGACGCAGCCUCCCAGCUAUUAGACCCAUCCCAACCACAACGAUGGGAUUACUCCUGUUACCCAUGGGAGGUACUACUCUUCCUUGCGAAGGAUCACGAAGAAGCCCACGAGGACAUCAUCUCACUCCUCCACGCGAUCUUUGACCUCCCACCACCCUUCAACACCGACGAAGCGAACUGGACCCUUGAGAAAGAAACUAUCUUCCCUCAAGUCUGGCGCGAUCUACGCGAUUCGCUGGAAGCCCAAUACCACGAGGUCAAAAUACUCUCUGAUCCCAUGUAUGCCAAAUGGGUAAACUAUCACGCUUUCACGGGGCGUCUGAUAUCAUCUUCGCUCAUGGAGCCCUACUACUGGGCGCUGCAUCUGACCGUCGAGGCGUUGGAGACGAAGGUGGACGAUUCAAAGCCGACGGCAAAGCAGGAUGGAAAUAUCGCCGCAGCAGGACAGUACUUUAUCCACGCGGCCAAGGAUUUGUUGCAUAAUCCAUUCCGAGGUGCGGAGGGGACUCAUGCCACGUCCUGGGGGAAGGAUAGCCAGAUGUGGCAGGAAGAGCAGGGGUUUAGUACGGAGCGAUUGGGGUUUUGGAGGCGGCGGUUUGGGCAGUUGAGGGUGUUGGAGACUUUGAGUGAGGGGACGAGAGAGGCAGCGCGCAGGGCGGAGGUGGGGAUGGAGAAGGCUGAAAGACAGGGGAAGAAGAAAUCAGGCAGAUGAAGCGUUUGUACAGUGGAGGUGUCAAUAUUCCGAGCUCACCGGGGUAGUAGAUUACGCCUGGAUUACUUGGGUGGUUGGGAGAUUAACACGAGAUAUAUGGGUGUGCUGGAACAGCGAAAUGUAGGACUUCAUAGUUUGUGGUAGGAUAAUGGGAU